AUGUCACCAUCAAAACGUCUCUUUGUCUUUGACUUUGACUGGACCCUAAUCGACUCUGAUUCAGACUACUUUGUCUUUGAACAUCUGAGUGCAGAGCUUUCCAAGAUUCAGCUCGACUCCAUCGGAAAAGUCCAAUGGACCGAUCUCCAGCAACGUCUGUUAGGAGAGCUGUUUGACCGCGGUGUCAGCAGAGAGGACAUUGAGCGAACCCUGGCCAGCAUCCCCUUUGCCCCAGAGAGAAUCGAGGCCUUGAAGCUGAUGAAGGAGCAGGGCUCGGACUUGUACGUCCUCUCCGAUGCGAACACCGUCUACAUUGAAACCAUCCUCAAGGCGUACAACAUUGACAACCUGUUCACAGGACUCCUCACCAACCCUGCAUCAUUCGACUCCAGAGGCCGUCUCAAUGUCACCCGGUACCACGGUCUCGACAAACAACCCCACAAUUGCCCCCUCCCCUGCGAACCCAACCUCUGCAAGGGUCUCGAACUCCAAAAACUGAUCGACUCUCAUCCAUGGGAACAAGUCAUAUACAUGGGCGAUGCCAGUAAUGACUUUUGCCCGUCCACACAUUUGAGUAGAGAGCGCGGGGAUUUAGUCCUGGCGAGACGUGGGCUUUCGUUGGAGCAAAGGAUCAAGGAACGGCCGGAGCUGGUCAAGGCAGAGAUUGUUUAUUGGCAGGAUGCGCAGGAUGUUUUGGAGGUUACGAAAGAUAUUUUCUUUGGACGCGAUCGGACAGCGACUGCGUUGGGUUCGUUCUUUGGUUCUACGGCUGCUUCUUCUACUACCUCGCUGUCGACUGUGGUCGAUUCGUCGUCGUUAUCGGUUGUCGCUUCACCUGUCGAUGAGGUCAAGCCUUCGUCGACGCAGGUUCUUUCUGCGGUCGAGUCGUCCGACUCCAAGAUGUUUGCUCAGGCUUUGAAGGCCUAG